AGGCGACGGUUACGGUCAGCGCAUCCACGCAUGGCCGGGCUGAAAUCGGGAACUGUUCAGCUCAGGCGCGGCCUCGAGCGAAAGUCGACAGCGAGAGCCGUUUGCUCGAGUGCCCAUCGGCCGAGCGGCUGGCGACAGAACGAGGGCUCUGUUGACGUGGGUGAGGCGAUCGCAGCGAAGCUCGUCAAGCUGUUGUCCUCGGAUGCGGCGAGCUCGCUGCACUCAGUGCCCUUGCCUCUGCUCGAAGCACCGGACGCCGAAUUGCGGGGUGCCAAGUUGCUGGGCCUCGACCGCUUUCGGCUGCGGCCGGACGACCCGGCCCGAGUCCUGCGCACGGACAAGCACCUGCUCGUCCACAUCCCGCUGCAGGCAAGCAGUUCAGUCCCGCGUAGAAGCCAGCCGUUGCUGCGGAAGCAAAUAUCAAACCCUCUGACCACCGGACUGGUGACGGUGCUCACGCGUUUUCUCCCAUCAGUCAUCCAGACAGCGGCUGCCUCGAUGACUUACAUGUAA